GAAAGCGGCUGCAGCUGCACCUCCUUAGGGACGCCGCGGGUCCGGGCGCAGAGGGGCCGGAGGCUACGACGAGUCCCUGACCCGCCGCUUGCACCGCAAUGGACGCGGCCGAGGUGGAGUUUCUGGCGGAGAAGGAGCUGGUGACCAUUAUCCCGAACUUCAGUCUGGACAAGAUCUACCUCAUCGGGGGGGACCUGGGGCCCUUUAACCCUGGCUUACCAGUGCAAGUGCCUCUGUGGCUGGCGAUUAACCUGAAACAAAGACAGAAGUGUCGGUUGCUUCCUCCGGAGUGGAUGGAUGUGGAAAAGUUGGAGAAGAUUAGGGAUCAUGAACGAAUGGAAGAAACUUUUACCCCUAUGCCUAGCCCUUACUAUAUGGAACUGACCAAACUCCUGUUAAAUCAUGCUUCAGACAACAUCCCGAAAGCAGAUGAGAUCCGCACCCUGAUCAAGGAUGUGUGGGACACUCGCAUAGCCAAACUCCGGGUGUCUGCUGACAGCUUCGUGAGGCAGCAGGAGGCACAUGCGAAGCUGGAUAAUUUGACCUUGAUGGAGAUCAACACCAGUGGGGCAUUCCUCACACAAGCUCUCAACCACAUGUACAAACUCCGCACAAACCUGCAACCUUCUGAAAGCGUCCAGUCUCAGGACUUCUAGAGAAUGACCUUUGAUUUGUAAAGGCCUUGUGUCUGCUGGCAGGCGGCUUGCCGAGUGGUGUGUGAGUGCUCAGGACAUGAUAGAGGUACUCCUAGUUCUGGAAUUCUAAUUUGAAUAUAAGAAAAAUGUGUAAUGAAGCAAGGAAUGGAUUCAUAACAUUUUUGGAAAGCAACAGGUUGCACUUAGUUCUCAAUAUAUUCUUUAAUUCCACAUCUAUCUCUAGAAGCCAACUAUUCCUUUAUGGAGGAAAGAAAAGGCUUUGGCAAGCAAGAUGUUCUCCCUAGCAGAGUCUCAGGUCUCCUGCACAGAACUGUGAUGUGGGGAUGUGUUCGGUGAUGUUACAUGUUGCUUUGAAAAGCUAGACAUACAAGUGGCGAUGUGGCCCUAGGGCUUUUUAAUUUUUUUGAUAUGGAUCUCUUGGGUUAAACUUAGAAUCUAGAGGUUGCUCACACAGAGUAAGGAUGGCAGAUGAGUGGCUUGUGAUGCUGACUGGUGUUGAUCAUCUAAGUUCUGAUACAUAAUAAAGAUGGAAUCAAUCCAA